CGUCCGCGGGGCUGCCGGCGGCUCUGCGGGCGGUGUCCCGGCCCCCCCCGCCGGGCCGCGCCGGUUUCCCAGCGCCCCGUGCGGCGCGGCGACGCCCGGCGCGGCCCUGAGGAGGAAGCGCGGUCUCGCAGCCGCCUCCGGGCCCGGGUGCUCCCGAGAUGCCGCUGCUGGUUAACGGUGAACGGAUCGACGUGACCCGGCCCACAGGAGACAUGAUCCGUGCCUACCCGCACCUCGAGGAAAAGGCAAAACUUCUGAGAAGUCAGCCUGCUCAAGUUGUGGAACCCAAAGGUCUUCUGUAUGUCCAGCAGAGAGAGUUUGCAGUGACUACCCCUAAAGAUGGUUCUGUUUCCAUUCUUGGAUCGGAUGAUGCAACUACCUGCCACAUAGUUGUGCUCCGACACACAGGCAGUGGAGCUACCUGCUUGACACACUGUGAUGGAUCGGACACGGAAGCUGAGGUGUCGCUCAUCAUGAGUGCAGUAAAAUCGUUCUCUAGCACCACAGGAUAUGGCAGGCUGGAAGUGCACCUAGUUGGAGGUUUCAAUGAUGAUAGGCAGUUAUCACAAAAACUUACUAAUCAGCUUCUUAGAGCAUUCGAUCUCCAGCCAGAUGAUGUUCAUUUAGUGACUUUCUGUGUAACAGAGCUAAAUGACAGAGAAGAAAAGGAUAUUCACUUUCCAAUCAUUUAUGGAAUAGCUGUGAAUGUUAAAACAGCAGAGAUUUUCCCUGCAACCUUCCCAGAAAAAGGGCCCGAUGAGGAUUUGCGCUCAGCCCAUGUUUUAACAGGAGCUCCACUGACCAACAUCUAUGAUGCAGAGAUGGAACAGCUCCAUAUUGGGCCUUACUUCUGGACGCCUUUCCCACACGUGGAUUUCUGGUUAGAACAAGAUGAUCAUCAGAUUUUACAGAACCUCUCCACGUCACCCCUGGCAGAGCCGCCCCACUUUGUUUCUCACAUUAGGUCUACAUUAACGUUUUUAAAAGAACAUCCCUUUCCAUCUCACUCGCUGUUUCCUGACAGGAAACCUCGCCUCUACAAAAAAAAUGAAGAAGGGUUGUGGGAACAGGUUUGUUCUGAUAAGAUCUAACCUGGAACCCAACAGCAUAGCUGCUUUAGGGAAGCAGAGUCUCGCAAGAUGAGCGAGUUGCAAAAAGCGAAUUGCUGGUCACAAACUCCACUGUUCCUGUGCUUUCCACAAUAAAAUAUUUUGACAGAAGUAACUUGCUUCUUCUGCAUUACUUUUGUAGGACACUCUGCUACUUUGAAGUAGGCAGUUGGCUUUGUUUAUUCUCUUGUGC